GUUAUGGCGGGGUUCAUGUAUUCGCCCUAUAACACCUACCAGAAUUAUGGGGGCACUUUCGGGCAGGCGCCGCAGUCUGCAGCCAGGAACAAGCAGACGACCUGGAAGACGAGUAAGGGCUCCGAGGCCGCGGACUACCUGGACAACUACCAGCGGGCCCAGCUCAAGGCCAUACUGUCCCAGGUGAACCCCAACCUCUCUCCCCGGCUCCGCAAAGCCAACACCAAGGAGGUCGGGGUGCAGGUGAACCCUCGGGUGGAGAUUGGGGUCCAGUGCUCUCUAGGGCCCCGCACACUGCGCAGAUCUCCUCCUCCCCCACCGCCCGCCAACAGCGCCCUCAGACCGGCGUCCGACCCAGUGCGGUUCACUCAGCCGGUAGCCUUGUACUCCCCGGUGGUGGACCGCAGGGUGUUCUCCCUCCCGCAGGGCGGCCGUGUACCCCGCAGAAGCCCGGCUGUGCCUCCGUACAAGGCGGGCGGACAGGCGGCAGAUCACAAGCAGCCGGAGGUAAAACCGCAGGAACCGGCCGAGGUGGUGGAGAAGCGGGAGAACACGGAGCCUGUCCCGGAGAAGGAGCCGGACACGGACGAGAAGAGAUCGGCAUUCCAGUUCCUGGAACAAAAAUAUGGCUACUUCCACUGCAAAGACUGCCGAACCCGAUGGGAGAGCGCCUACGUGUGGUGUAUUUGUGGAAGCAACAAGGUCUAUUUUAAACAACUUUGUCGCAAGUGCCAAAAAGGAUUUAACCCUUACAGAGUGGAGACGAUUCAAUGCCAGAUGUGCUCAAAGUCUCGCUGCUCUUGUCCACAAAAGAAAAGACACAUAGACCUGAAGAGGCCACACCGCCAGGAGUUAUGUGGUCGCUGCAAAAACAAAAAGCUUUCGUGUGACAACACUUACAGCUUCAAGUACAUUGUCUGAUGCAGAGCGCAGCUUGAUGGCUCCGACACGCACUUUGCUCCAUGCAUGUAGCACUUUCUUGAACUGGCAUCGAAUCAUGGCUAUGACCCGGCACUGGAAAAUGGACUAAAGCUUUUUGUAUCGGUCUUGUAGUGGCACUAUUUUUUGUAUACAUGUAAAUAAAGUCUAUUUA